AUGGGAAUUAUUCAAACCGAGAGGGUUCCCAUGGUUAAAGGCUAUUUCAAGGGUAUCGUUGGUACGACAUCAUCCGGUAAGACCUCUUUGGUCCAUCGAUAUCUCACGGGAACCUUUACGGCAGAAGAGAGUCCAGAAGGUGGUCGCUUCAAAAAGGAGGUGUUUAUUGACGGUCUCAGCCAUUUACUACUGAUUCGAGACGAAGGAAGUGCUUCGCCGGAUGUUCAGUUUUCCUUGUGGGCCGACGCAGUGAUUUUUGUGUACAGUGUCGACAACCAGGAUAGUUUCGAACGAGUUCGGCAUUUCUACAGUCAUAUGAACAAAUUUCGAAACGUUGCCGAUAUGCCAGUGUUGUUAGUCGGUACAAAGGAUACUCUUUCGGAGAAGAAUCCGCGAGUGAUUAGCGAAGAGGAGGGCAAGCAGAUGGCAAACCAUCUGAAGCGUUGCGCUUACUAUGAGACGUGUGCGACGUAUGGGUUGAAUGUCGAACGAGUGUUCAAGGAUGGUAAGUUUUUUUUUGAUGAUUGGGGUGACUUUGAAAGCCACUCAGAAGGGGCGUAUAGCUUGAACUUAAAUGUAAAGGAGCGGAGUUUCGAGUCAUGUCGAGUUAGAAGCCAUCAGAAGAAUGAAGUAAAGAAAAGGUGA